UGUUGACUGUUGUGGAGUGCAGCAGUGCAGUGUGAACUUUCCGUCAAGCUUUUAAGACUCUAAUUACUGACUGGAUUACUUUUUGAUUUACUUUGAUACACUAAGCCUACACUUUUACAAGUAUAGCAAGAUUUUCAGCGAGUGCAACGUGGAAAGUGAAUUGAGAAGUAACUACCGGUACAUGUAGUUGAAGAAAAUGGGAAAAAGAACGGUGUUGAAUGCCUGCGUAACAGACAUUGAGAAGAGGAGGGAACCGACAAAACAUUAUGUUUAUAUCAUCCAUGUGACUUGGUCGGAUGGAUCUGUCAAUGUGGUCUACCGGAGAUACAGCUCUUUCUUUGACUUCCAGAACAAACUUCUGUCUAAGUUUCCAGAGGAAGCCGGUGCUAACAACCCAUCUUCAAGGUGUAUCCCAUUCCUGCCAGGUAAGAAGCUGUUUGGAAGAAGUCAUGUAAGAGAAGUUGCUCUGAAAAGACUUGCUCCAAUAGAUGAAUACUGUCAGGCUUUAGUAAAGUUACCAGGAAAAAUAUCUGACAGUAAGGAAGUGAUCGAUUUCUUCACGCCUACGCCGGAGGAUGUCAGUCCUCCUUCGCCAGAUGGAGGAGAGUCAACAAGAGGGAAAGACAUUGGAAGCAUUUCAGAGCCCAUUCAGGCUGAGCAGUACAUAGUGGUUGCAGACUACAAAAAACAGCAGAAGAAUGAAGUAGAACUAACAGCUGGAGAUCUGGUGGAGGUCUUCGAGAAGAAUGAUAAUGGUUGGUGGUUUGUGACUGUUCAAGAUCAGCACGGCUGGGCUCCGGGGACAUUCCUUCAGAAACCUGAUGGGCAGGAAGAAGAGGAAGAAGAAGAGACGCUCAUACCAGGAAAUGAUGAGAGUUACAUCACAAACAAUGCAUACCAGGGGCAGGCUGAAGAUGAGAUAUCGUUUGAGACGGGUGUGAUUGUUAAUAUCAUCCAGAAGAGUUUAGAUGGGUGGUGGAAAGUCAGUUACCAGGGCAAGCAAGGCUGGGCACCCGCAACCUACCUACAGAUCUACAAAGGACCAGCCGGGGUCACUCCCAAGCCUCCCACGCAGAGCAUCGGUAAUGUCAUGCUACUCAAGGGUGGAAGUGACAGUAGGCCCAAACCAAGUCCUGGUCCUGGACGACCUCAGCUCCCUCCCGUGCAGCCCAGAGAUGAACCCGGACAACUCUAUUGUAAUUUUGACCCAGAAGACAAGCCUACACCCCCGAGAAGAGCUACAGUCAAGGAUACUGAUAGUGAUGAUGAAGCUUCAAUCAAGUCUGUUUUAAGGAGACUAAGAAGAACAAAAAGCUGUGGUUGUGAGAAAUCUGUUCGGAGGGGUGGUGUACGACAGACGAAGCCUAGACUCAAGAAAGUUAUGGAAUACUACACUACGGCAAGCUUCCAAGGUGCUGCGGGCGAAGGAAGCUUAUCAUUCGAUGCAGACCAGAAGUUAGAGGUUAUGGAAGAGAAUGAUGGUGGUUGGUGGUACGCAAAAAUCAAUGGAGAAGAAGGGUGGGUACCGUCCAACUACAUUGAAAAACGUGAAGUGACCACCAGUGGCAGAUUCAAUGGAAAGUCUUUAAGUAAUCUUGACGAAGAGACGGGAGAGGAUAGAAAUGUCCCUCCAGCCCUUCCAGCCAGACCAACCUUCGGAAGCGGGGGUACCGGAGCUUUCAAGCCGGUGACUAAGAAAUCCAUCCCGCCCCCUGUUGACCGAUCCAACAGCCCGUUGUUAAAUCGAAAACCAAACACAAACAGUGGCAGGUUCGACGAGGUUCGAAGAGGAAGUGGGGGCUCUGGUGGCGAUAUGAUGGCUGCCCUCAAGAAACAGUUUGAAAGGUCUUCUGUUGAGGAAUCGUCAUCUCCGCCUAUUCCUGCAAGGCCGGGUCUUGCUCCCAAGCUCCCCAAACCAACACCCCAAGCAUUCUGCAACAGAGAUGCAGCUUACAUCACUACGAGUAACUAUGUGAAUGACGAGAAUGAUGGACUUAGUUUUGAGGAAGGGCAGAAGGUGGAGGUGAUCAAGAAGGAUGAUAGUGGUUGGUGGUUGGUCAGGAUAGGAGCAACCGAAGGAUGGGCACCAAAUACUUUCUUAGAAAAACUUUAAGACCAACAACUACUAUAAACUCUUGUACAUUUGCACUUAUUAAACAUUCUUCUGUGUUAUGAGCGUUGAAACACGGCCCAUUGCAAAUUAAAGUCUAAAAAUCAUUGCGACUAACCGUCAACCAAUGAAAUGGCAUAUUAGGAAUUUGCGCUUUCUGCGAUGGGCUGAACACUAAUAGUAUAUUUUUCCACAUCGUAGUUUUAGAUCAGAUCUUAAAGCUGUUUUCUUCUCUAUCAUGUCUAUAUUUUUACACUCAAAUAGUUUUAUAAAAAAUAAAAGAACUAGAAUUUAUGCAUCAUUAAUAACAGUACUUAUUUGCAAUUUUAUAUUAUACAUUCUUUAUCAAAGGGUGCUUUCACAUAUAUAUUUUUUGUUAUAGGAGGUCUAAAGGUGUGUGUGUAUUAAAAGUCUGUUGCAAACAUUUGGUGGGAAAACAUGUAUUUUUGUGAUGGAAAGGGGUAGCACAGAAUUGUUAAUAUAUACAUCAUGAUAAUUUGAUAACAUGAAGUUAGAAUUAUACAUGGAUAUUUCACUAGAACAUAUAUAUUGAAUAUAGAAAUCACCCAAAUAAUAUUCACAAAUCGAACAGAUUGUAAUGAUUUUUAAAUGAAUAAAAAUAAUAUAGGAUUUUUAUCACACAUAUCCACGUUGUUAGGUGCUCAAGGCACUGCUAUAUUAUCCUGGCUAAGCUAGUCUACCGAUUCCGCACUCACAGCUUUCUUAGGAAUUACUUCCUGCUGUUACCUAAUUACCUCCCCUGGGUAGGGUGCAGCACAAUGUGGGUAAAUUUCUUGCUGAAGGAAGACACGUCAUUGCUGGGAAUCGAACCCAUGUCCCUCAGAUUGAAAGAUGAGAGUCUUAACCACUAGACCACAACGUAUCCGCAUACCAAGUAAAUGUAACCUGAGAACCUUUUUCUCUUUGAUUCCGGAGCUGCUUUUGACAGAAUGGUUUCUCACUUGGGGGCCUUCAGAGUAUCCCUCUUUCCCUGAAAUUAACUACAAAUCAAUUUAACUAUGAAAUUUAUUUAUUAUUAAAGAGGUAUUAAUAUUAGUAAUAGCUUGAUUAAUGUAGCGCUUUUCCAGAGGAUACACAAACACAACUAUAACCACAGCUUCAGCUUAAAUUGUCGGUUCAUCAUCAACACUUGGUGCAAUCAAGGAAUCCUGCGAGGUUUCCAUUCACCUCACCUGGCUCAAGUGCAGCACUAUGUGUAUGGAUAGAUUUCUUG